AUGUCUGAAGACGAUUACGACUAUCUAUUCAAAAUUGUUAUUAUUGGCGAUUCAAGUGUAGGCAAAUCAAAUUUAUUGUCUCGGUUCACUAACGACGAGUUUAACCUCGAGUCUAAGAGCACUAUUGGUGUUGAGUUUGCCACCAAGAACAUCAAAAUUGGCGAGCAUACCAUCAAAGCACAAAUUUGGGAUACCAGCGGACAAGAGCGUUAUAGAGCAAUUACUGGAGCAUACUACCGUGGCGCUGUUGGUGCUCUUUUGGUUUACGACAUCACUCGUCAAUCAUCAUUUCAAAACAUAGAUCAUUGGUUAAAGGAGCUUCGCGACCACUCUGAUGAUAAGAUAUCCUUAAUGUUGGUUGGAAACAAGGUGGAUUUGGUAGAUUCACGUGCAGUCAGCACGGAAGAAGCAGCACAGUACGCAGAGGAUUCAGAAAUGUUGUUUUUCGAAACUAGUGCCUUGGACGCAACCAAUGUCGAUUCCGCAUUCAAGACUGUGUUCGAACGCAUCUAUGAACAUAUGCCCAAAUCAGUAAAAACUGCCGAGAACAACAACGUCAAUGCUCCUGGCCAAAACACAAUUAAGCUUUCUCCCCCUACAUCAAGCCAGGAUCAAUCGGCAGCAGGAGGAUCUCCUAGAAGUGGCGGCAAUGCACAAGAGAAGGCUGCAGGUGGUGGAUGUUGUUAA